UCUCAAGUCAAUAAAACAAAAGAAUUGUUUUGUUUGAUCUCCAAGUUUUUAUUAACUGCAAUUCAUUUCGCGAAAAGAAAUCAAACAAACAAAUAUAUAAAGAAAAGAAAAGUCCCCAAUUCUUGGGUUUCAAGUUUUUUGAGUAGCUGUUUCACCAAAUCAAUUCAAAGAACCCUUCAAAACUGAAUAUCUUUUCGCUAUAACUUGAAAAACUAAAGAAAAAAAUACGUUCUUGAUUUCAUUUCCCAGCUUUUUUUUUUUUUUUUAGAGAGAGAGAGAGAGAGUAUAGCAUCAAAUCAAAUGGCAGCAUCAUCACUUGGCCAGACCGAGAUCAACUGGGACAAGCUCGAUAAGUCUAAGUUCUAUGUUGUGGGAGCGGGAAUAUUUACUGGGCUUACAGUUGGUUUAUACCCAGUGUCUGUUAUAAAAACUAGACUUCAGGUUGCUACGAGGGAUAGUGUUGAGAAAAGUGCAUCUUCUGUUAUUAGAGGCAUACUGAAAACAGAUGGGGUUCCUGGUCUCUACAGAGGGUUUGGUACUGUCAUCACUGGUGCAGUUCCUGCUAGGAUUAUCUUUCUUACUGCAUUGGAGACCACGAAAGUGACUGCUUUCAAGAUGGUUGAGCCAUUUAAUUUCUCUGAACCAACACAAGCAGCCUUAGCAAAUGGUAUUGCUGGCAUGGCAGCGUCUCUUUGUUCUCAAGCUGUCUUUGUUCCCAUUGAUUUGAUUAGCCAAAGGUUGAUGGUACAAGGAUAUUCUGGCCAUGAGAAGUAUAAUGGGGGUCUGGAUGUUGCACGCAAGAUUAUAAGGACCGAUGGCAUCAGAGGAUUUUACAGGGGGUUUGGUCUGUCAGUCAUGACUUAUUCACCAUCUAGUGCUGUAUGGUGGGCGAGUUAUGGCUCAAGCCAACGCAUCAUCUGGAGGCUUUUAGGCCAGGGUACUGAUCGUGAGGAAGCUGCUCCUAGCAAGUCAACUAUAAUGCUAGUUCAGGCUACUGGAGGAAUUAUUGCGGGAGCUACAGCUUCCUGCAUCACAACCCCAUUAGAUACAAUUAAGACUCGUUUACAGGUGAUGGGACAUGAAAGAAGAAGCUCUGCAAGACAAAUUGUUACAAACUUGAUUAGGGAUGAUGGUUGGACAGGCUUCUACAGAGGGUUGGGUCCCAGAUUUGUCAGCAUGUCAGCAUGGGGAACCACAAUGAUAUUGGCCUAUGAAUAUUUGAGUAUGCAUUCCUUCUUCUCUUUCACCUUUGGUGUUGUGUAUAUCUUUUUUCAUACAAUGAGAUUAUUAUGUGAGAAUUUUAACAUUGUUAAUUUCUGAUUUUGGGGCUUCAAACAACAAUAUGGUUUGCAAGUAGUUGGCUGCAUUUCAUAAUCUACCCUCUAAAUUCCCUCCUUGUCCCAUUAGCUCCUAUUGGAAUGGCCUAAACCUUGUAUCUGCAUUCUGGGGGGUCUUUUUUUUCCGGUCAUGUGAAUUGUAUUUUGGAAUCUGUUUGAUUUGGCAUAUUUUGAGCAGAAUGAAUUAAGUUUUAGCUUCAUAUAUUGUGUUCUUACUUGAUUGAGCACUUAUUCUUUGGAAUGUAUUGUCACUCAUUUGAAUACUGACUAAAUAGGGUUUACAGUUAGCUUAACAUACAAUAUCCAUUCAUACCAUCAUCAAAGUAUAACUUGUAACUUGUGCAUGGGGGAAGCUUAAUGGACUGGAUGAAUCAAAUGGCUUCUAUAUCUGUUAUGUACCUGUGGGCCUUUACUGCCUGGAUGCUGAACUUGAGUGUUGGAGAGGCCCGCAUUCCUCAAGAGCUGGUACAUUUGAGAACUCUGAAACCAGAAGCUGGUCACUGGGUGUCUAUAAGUUGUAUGGAAGUAUUAUAAUUGAAAUUAUUCAAGUAAAAAGUUGGUGCAAUCAGUAUUUGAUAUGCUUGAAAGCUGAUUUGGUGCUCUAUUGUAGUACCUCAGAUAUGGUCAAAAGAUGCUUCUUGGAAGUCGGUAGCUAAGAUCAUCAGUUAAGACAUCUGGUGUUGGUGCUUCAUGAAAUGAUGUUUACCUUUUCUUCAUCCCUUUCUUUUUCUAAACAUUAUUUACAAGUUGAAGUUCAUUUGAUUAGUUCUUUUUCUAUGAUAAAUUCAAGCCUAGAAGAUGAGCGGUGGCUUAGAAUGUCGUGAAAAAAAUCAGUCCCAUAUUUUAAAUUUGAGAAAACAUUUAAACCUCAACUUAUAAAAUAUAAAAAACAUAUAUGGUUUGAAUUGAUUUUUUUAUUUAAAAAAUAAAUUAAAAUAUUUUCUAUGAUGUGCACUCAGGUAACAUUUGAUAUUGUGGUAGUGGUUGCUUUUUUAAAGUGCUUUUUUGUUCGGAAAUUCAUCAAAAUAAUAUUCUUUCAUUUUUAAAAUUCAUUUUUGAUAUCAGUACAUCAAAACUAUCCAAAAACAUUAAAAAAAAAUAAUUUUAAGCAAAAAUAAAAAUUUCAAAGUUUUGCUAAACAGCGAUUGGGCCACAUUCCCAAACGCUACGUUAUUAUGGGCUUGAGGGAGUAGUGAUUUAUAUAGUUAACCUUUGACCUGCCCCAUUUUUUCUUUUUGCCUAUUUAUUGAAGUCAAAACUCUUAGUUCAUUUAUGGUGACCAUUUUAUAGCUUAAAGUAAGGGAAAUAUCUGAGUGGACGCUAAGAAUGUGUGCAUAUUAACAUAAUUAUUGGAGAAGUUGCCAAAAUUUAACUAUAUACCUAUUCUUCUAGCAUAAUUUUUAGAUACAUCUCGAGAGUUUGAGAUUUUUCUUGGCUGAGAGCUACCUACAAGGUACUUGAAUGGUCUGUUAACAAUGCCCUGAUAUGUGACCCAGGCCUCUCCUGUUUUUGCAAUUUCAAUGAUGAUGACCACAGUUCACUUUUGGAGGGCUUUGAUUUGAUAAAUUUGUUCAGUUGGUUUAAUUUAGGACCUGCUAUCUACUAUCAGACUGCAUGUCUGCUUGACUAUUUUUGUUUGUGAUCUUGUUAUUAGUUUGCUUGUUGUUUACCUUUGUUUUUCUAUGCAAGUAUGUUUUAAUUGCUAUAUAAUUGUAUGUCUCCAAUAUGCUAAGUUUGAGGAUACCUUGCUUUUCUCCAUUCAGAGCGGCUGUGUGUAAAGGAUGAAUAGAUGUGAACCUGCUAUUGCUCAAUGUAGAGAUUUGGGUCUGAAGCUGGCUCCAUCAAGUUAUCUUUGGAACUGGUUUUUUUACACAUGCAGAAGAGUUUUUCUUGUAUUCAUAACCCUGAUACAGCAUUGUUGGUCUUUAGCAUUAUCAUACUAUUGAGGAGCCAACCUCAUGGCUAUUGAAUCUGGAUUAGUUACGAUAUUUUGAAGACUUUUUAAUCCAGGAAUGCAAGGUUAGGAUAAAUGAGUCAAUCAGAUGCUCUGCAGGUGUAUCCUUGUAGCAAAAUAUUAUAUUUGCUAGAUGCAAUUAUAAUGUGAUUUUUCCAUUUUGAACUAACAGAAUUAUUUUUGCAUUAUCUGGAAGACCACAGAGAUAAGUGUUUUAGCUGAAACAGUUGUAUGUCUGAACAAAAUCUCUUCCAUAAUAAAGUUUGAUUACUCAUUGAAUUCAAUGCCAA